AUGUCGCGCCCAUCCGAGCUCGACCGCAACCAGGAUGCCACCUGCUACAUCGGCAACAUCGACGACCGCGCUACCGACGCCAUCGUCUGGGAGCUCAUGAUCCAAGCCGGUCCGCUCGUCAACCUCCACCUCCCCAAAGACCGCAUCACUCAGUCGCAUCAGGGCUAUGCAUUUGCUGAAUUUCAAACCGAACAGGAUGCCGACUACGCGUGCAAGGUCAUGAACGGUCUCAAGCUGUACGGCAAGCCCAUCCGCGUCAACAAAGCCUCGCAGGAUCGCAAGGCCAUCGACAUUGGCGCCAACUUGUUCGUCGGCAGUCUCGACGCUGCAGUGGACGAGCGGCUGCUGUACGAGACCUUCUCUGCGUUUGGCGGUAUCAUCGGUCUGCCCAAAGUAGCGAGGGAUCCAGCGAGCGGAGAGCCAAAGGGGUUUGCUUUCGUCUCGUUCGACAGCUUCGAAGCCGCAGAUGCAGCGAUUGAGGCGCUCAACGGUCAAUUUCUGCUCAAUAAGAACAUCACCGUUGACUACGCGAUCAAGAAGGACAGCAAGAACGGCGAGAGGCAUGGUACCGCGGCGGAGAGGCUGCUCGCUGCUCAGGCACGAAAGAACAACGCGUUGCCUGCUCAGCCGUAUCAGUACGCGCAACCGCCGGUGGGAGCACCAAUACCGCCCAAUGGAAGCGCUGCGACUGGGUGGAAUGCGUAUGGGCAACAGCCACAGCAGCCACCAGCGUAUCCGCAAGGUCCACCGCAGCAACCACCUCAUCUGGCGCCAGCAUACCCACAGAACCCUCCUGCCAUUCAUAUGAAUCCUGGCGCAUCGCCCGCCUACCCGCCAUACCAAUAG